CGAUGCAAUCAGUCACAGUGCUGAAUGCGUAUACUGUAUGCGUAUGCAGCCGCCCAGCUUGGCCGAUGACUUUGACUCGAAUCAUCGGAUGCGACGCUUGUGCCUACGACAUUCAAGAUUCAUCCAUCGAUUUUGACUUGACCUUUGCCUCCACUUCCUCCAGACUCCCGAGUCACAGUCCAUUCCUAUCGACACAGCAGCAGCAGCAGCAGCACGAGCGAGGACAGCAGAUCAUAUUGGAUCGGACAGGAGAGAAUCACUUCAGCGAACGUCGUCGGCAUCGCAAAAUCGAGCAGUCGAGAUGACAGAGGCAGCAGCAGCAGCAGCAGAUGCAGAUGCGUCAGCCAGACUUGAUCGAUGGCGCGAUCGCUUGCAAUCCCUGCCUUCCAUCGCCUUGCCAACAGACUACCCACGUCCAUCCUCCUCCCAAGUCGUGCAAGCCAUCAGCUCCAGCAACUUGUCUGCCAAGGUUCGCAAUGCUCUCGUUCGAUUGACGCUGCACUGCUCGUUGGAUGGUGCGCAGCAGGACGAUAGCUCGGAUGAUGAUGAUGAUGAUGACGACGGCGACGAUGAGGCGCAGGAGGAGCGAGAUGGUGAUCAGGCUGCUAAUGCGCACUCUAGCACGCCUACGCCCUUUCACUUGCUGCUCGCAGCCUUCGCUGUGCUGCUGCAUCGCUACACGGGCGACACGGAUCUGCUGCUGGGUUCUUCCUCGCCCAUCGAUGGCUCGCCGCUCAUCCUCAGAAUCCCAAUCGAGGCUGGCGAUCCCUUCUUGCAGGUCGUGAAGCGGGUGCAAGCGGUGGAAGCCGAAGCAGCCUCGGACAAUGCGCCAUACGAAGAUAUAGUGGCCAGGCUGGAAUCGGAAAAGAGCGCAUCGGCCGCCGCCGCCGCUGCUCCCAGCGCUCCCGUCUUUCGUGUCAGGUUCUUUGAUGAGCUGGGAGGAAGGGAAAGGAGCUUCUUGCAGAGCACAAGCCUCACCACGGACCUCACCCUCUUCCUCACAAAGCCCGGCACGAAGCUCGAUGACCUGUCAGGCAACGCUUCCUCACUCUCUUCUAGCAUCGAUACGCUCAGGAACGGAGCAAGCGGUGCAGCGAGCACGCCUUCCACGCCUCAAGCAGCCAACUUUAGACAGCCAAUCGUGCCUGCCAUCUCCCUGCACGCUUCUUACAAUGCGCUCCUCUUCUCUUCGGCCAGGAUGCAGCUUCUGCUCGCACACCUGUCCCACGUCGUCCUAGCAGCAGCCAUCAAUGCCAAUCGACCCAUCGGCAGCAUCGGUCUCCGCACGCAUGCCGAAGAUGCGAUCCUGCCCGACCCUCGCAAAGAGCUGGACUUUUGCGGUUUUCAAGGUUCCAUCACCUCCAUCUUUGAGCGAAACGCUGCUGCUAAUCCACAAAGGAGGGCCAUCAUCGAAAGUCUGCCUGGCGAUCCCAACAGCAUGGAGCUGCCUGCGCCCGCUAGCAUCACGCGAGAGAUCAGCUACGGCGCGCUCGACCGUGCUUCCAAUGUGCUGGCCCACCAUCUGUUGGCGAAUGGGCUGCAGAGGGAGGAUGUGGUGACAGUGUAUGCGCACAGAAGCGCUGAUCUCGUCGUGGCGGUCCUCGGCACGCUCAAGGCCGGUGGAACGUUUAGCGUCAUCGAUCCAGCCUACCCUCCAAGCAGACAGAUCAUCUACCUUCAAGUAGCCAAGCCUCGCGCGCUCGUCGUUUUGGAGAAAGCGGGAACUCUACAUCCCAGCGUUCGCAAAUGCAUUCAGGACGAGCUGGACUUGAAGGUGGAGGUGCCGGCGCUUACGUUGAUCGAUGGCGAAACCCCCGGAGAGCUUGGCGUUCAAGGCGGUGCCAAGCAGGACGACGAGGCGGACGUGCUCGAAACGGCGCAGAAAUCGGCCGCACAGAGCACUAGAGUGCUUUUGGGCCCCGACAGCAUCGGCACGCUCAGCUUCACUUCUGGAUCUACGGGCAUCCCCAAAGGGGUUCGAGGAAGACAUCACAGUCUGACUCACUUCUUCCCUUGGAUGGGCCAGACUUUUCAACUCGAUGCCAAUUCUCGAUUCACCAUGCUCAGCGGCAUCGCCCACGAUCCCAUUCAGCGAGACAUUUUCACCCCUCUCUUCUUUGGCGCCGAGCUGCACGUGCCCACGGCUGACGACAUCGGCACGCCCGGUAGGCUGGCCGAGUGGAUGGCUGCGACCAAAGCCACCGUGACCCACCUCACACCAGCCAUGGGUCAGCUUCUCUCUGCGCAAGCCAUCGCCAAGAUUCCGGAACUGCGCAACGCAUUCUUUGUGGGUGAUGUGCUCACCAAGAGGGAUUGCACGAGGUUGCAAGCUCUAGCGAAGAAUGUGCGCAUCAUCAACAUGUACGGCACGACGGAGACGCAGCGCGCCGUCUCCUACUUUGCCAUUCCGCCCGUGUCGGAGAGGCCGACGUUUUUGGCUACGCAAAAGGACAUCAUGCCCGCAGGACAGGGCAUGAUCGAUGUGCAGCUGCUGGUGGUCAAUAGGAACGAACGCACGGCCACUUGUGCCGUGGGAGAAGUGGGCGAGAUCUAUGUGCGCUCAGGAGGCCUUUCCGAAGGCUACCUCGGACCGCCAGAAGUGACGGCGGAAAAGUUUGUGCCCAACUUUUUGGCGCCGGAUGCGAGGUUUGAGGAUAGCUUGCAGGGCAAAUCCGAGGCGCAAUUUUGGAAAGGCGUGAGGGAUAGGAUGUACAGGACUGGGGAUCUGGGAAGGUACUUGCCUGAUGGCACGGUGGAGUGCACGGGCAGAGCCGACGAUCAGGUCAAGAUUCGAGGCUUCAGAAUAGAAUUGGGAGAGAUCGACACGCACCUCUCUAGACAUGCCCAUGUUCGGGAGAAUGUCACUCUGGUCAGAAGAGACAAGGACGAGGAAAAGGUGCUGGUGUCUUACUUUGUGCCUGGACCGGGUGCGGCUCAGAUGGAAGAAGGCACGAGUGCAGACGAGGCCAACGCAGAGUCGAAACGGGAAAAGGACAACAGUACGAACGCUACGCUUGUGCGCGGCAUGCGCAGGCACAGGCGUCUCAUCAAGGAUAUCAGAGAUCAUCUGAAGAAGAAAUUGCCUGCUUAUAGCAUUCCCACUUUGUUUGUUCCGUUGGCUAGACUGCCUCUGAACCCUAAUGGCAAGAUCGACAAGCCUGCUCUGCCCUUUCCCGAUACCGCACUGGCUUCUGCAGCCCUUUCCGCUGCACCACGCAGCGCCCCACUAGCUAGCGGCGUUGAAGCUUUUGCGACUGCUUCGGGUCCCUCGUCGAAGGAUUCCUCUGCAAGGACUCACACACCGACGGAGAGCGCCAUGGAGGAGCUCUUUUCGGCACUAUUGCCAUCUGCUCCUCAACCAUUGCCGCUGAACGAGUCCUUCUUCGACCUUGGAGGUCACUCUAUCCUGGCUACGCGCCUGGUAUUCAACAUGCGCAAACAGUUUGUCGUUCCUGUACCACUUGGAGUGGUCUUUGACAAUCCGACCAUCGAGGGACUGGCGAGGGAGGUGGACCGCUUGAGAGAUGCGGACCUCAACUUGGGACAUGUUCCCGCGCCCGCAACUUCUGCGGCCGAACCGGCCACAUCGAAGAGCACGCCUAGGAAUGCCGGGUCCGCGCCCGCCAAUUACGACGAGGACUACGCGGCGGAUGUGGAGCCGCUGCUUCGAGCAUUGCCGGAAUCUUUUGUGGGAUCGGGAACGCUGUCCAACAUUGCCCAGGCAGUGCACGGCGCCAAGAAAAGCACCGUGAUGCUCACCGGCGCGACGGGCUUUUUGGGCGCCUUUGUGCUCAGGGACUUGCUGGAGAUGCGCAGAGAAGCGGUGCAGAGGGUCAUUGCUCACGUGAGGGCCAGGAGCGCACAAGAAGGUCUGCAGAGACUUAGGGAAGGAGGAUUGGCGCGAUCGGCUUGGAAUGAGGAGUGGGUGGAGCAGGGUCGAUUGGAGGUGGUGGUGGGAGACUUGGAGAAGGAGAGAUUGGGCCUGCAGAAGCAGGAAUGGGUCAGAUUGGCCCAAGAGGUCGAUGCUGUUGUGCACAAUGGAGCGCUGGUGCACUGGGUCUACCCGUAUUCUCGCCUCCGAGCUGCUAACGUCCUCUCCACAGUGUGCGCCAUCAUGCUGUGCGCCACGGGCAAGCCCAAAACCCUCACCUUCGUCUCGUCCACAUCCGCGCUGGAUACGGAUCACUACGUGCACCUCUCGGACUCUAUCAUUCAGCAGCGCUCUGCGAGCGAAGCGGACAAGGCUUCGGGUGGGGCUGCGCUGAACGGUGUGCCGGAGACGGAUGAUUUGUCGGGCAGCGCGCAAGGGUUGGGCACGGGCUACGGUCAGUCCAAGUGGGUGUCGGAAAAGCUGGUAAUGGCAUGCGCCUCUCGCGGAUUGCGGGCCAGCAUCGUUCGACCCGGCUACGUGGUGGGAGAUAGCAGGAGCGCGGUGACCAAUACGGACGACUUCAUCUGGAGAUUGGUCAAGGGAAGCGUGCAGUUGGGAUUGAUACCGGAUAUGCACAACGCCAUCAACAUGGUGCCUGUGGACCAUGUGGCCAGGAUCACUGCGCUUGCUUGCAUCGCUACGGCAAAGGAAGAAGGCGAUGUGCCCGGAACGAGCGCUAGGGUUUACCAUGCCACGGGACGCCCUACCAUCAGGUUCAACGAACUGCUGGGCGCUCUGCACACGUACGGUUGGGACGCGCAAAAGGUGGAUUAUGUAGAGUGGAGAUCGGCUUUGGAGGAGCAUGUGCUCAAGUCUGCCCCGAAAGAGACGAAAGGCGCAGAGUUGCAGAGCACGGAAGCCAAUGCGCUCUUUCCCUUGCUGCAUUUUGUGCUGGAUGAUCUGCCCACUUCCACCAAAUCGGCAGAGCUGGACGAUGCGCACACGCGCACGCUGCUGGACGCUGUGCAGGAAGGAGCAUCGGCGGGAACGGUGAUGGGGGUGACGCAGCAGCUGGUAGGCAUCUACCUCGCUUGGCUCGUCGCUGCUGGGUUCCUCGAACGACCUGCGCACAAGGACGAUGCGAGGAACGUGUCGCCUUUGCCUGAAUUGCCCGAUGGGGGAAAGAGCGUCAGAGCUAUCGGAAGAGGAUCGGCCAAUUGAAGAAAGGAGGAAGAAGAGUGCGCGAAUGGGGGCCGAUCGGGUCGGGUCCAUCGCGUGCGUCAUUGUGUACGUGCGAGAAAUGUGAUGAGAUGAGCACAAUCAUGAGGUUCACAAGCGAGAGUGGGAGCCAUGUACGGUCGCACAGGAGUGGGAAGGGGGGGCAUUUGCUGAGUGGUGGCGUGCCGUGCCGAACUCAAGAGGUGUGCGCACAAUUCCCCCAAACAUGGGAGGACCUGAAGUGGAGCUUUUGAUGCUACCUGCAGGCUCCCAGCUGCAUAUACCUUUUCUUCGGCUUCGUCAUUGGUAUCCAAUUCUUCCCUCUCGAGAAUCUCACGAUUUCGUUGAGAAAGCUUGUCGGAAUUGCGC